AUGUUUAUUAACACGAAAAUGUUGCUGAGAAUUUUUUGCAAAUACGUUUAUUACUCGGGCUCUGGAAAUUUCGAUUAUGAAGAUACAUUUAAAGAGUCGAUAUUUUACAAACUAUAUACUGUGUUAUCCUUUUCAGUAUAUAUAACAAUGAUUUUAUUUGAAAAUUUCGCUGCAAUGUUCGGAAAAUUUCCUGAAGUGGAAAAGAAUUCAGCCGUCAUGUUCUCGGCUAUUCAUAACAUCAUACUCGCUAAAAUGUUCUUCUUGUUAUAUCACAAGAAUUCUAUAAAGAAAUUGAACUAUGAAAUGGCAACCGUCAUGGAGAAUAUUGAAGUGGAGCACAUUAUGGAAGAGCAAUACAGGAAAGUAAAAUUUGGAAUUACAUUUUACGCUGUGAGCGUCUAUUUGUCGUUAGGCGCCUACGGCAUUGAGAGCUUGAGGAAGGUAAUAAGUGAAGGAGCUCCGUUCUACACUGUUGUUACUUUUUUACCAUUCUACGACGAUGAUUCAAUUUUGGCAGCAAUUAUCCGUGCAUUCUUUUAUAUGACCUGGUUGUAUAUGAUGUUACCUAUGAUGGCAGCUGACUGUAUGCCUAUUAUCCAUCUCAUAAUGAUGGCAUACAAGUUUAUUACACUAUGUCAUCAUUAUGAAAACAUCCGGGAAGAUUUUGAUAUAAACGUCAAAACCAUGAAUAAGCGAAAGGCAAUUCACAUUUUGAAAUCUGGUUGUUUAGAAGGAAUUUUAAUGCACCAAAAAUUAUUACGCCUAGCUGAAGAAAUACACCAUGUAUUCGGUAUUAUAAUGUCAUUGCAAGUUUGUGAAAGUUCAGCGGUAGCAGUUUUACUUUUGCUUCGUUUAGCGUUAUCCCCUCACUUGGAUUUAACAAACGCGUUUAUGACAUACACGUUCGUGGGCUCGCUAUUCUUUUUAUUGGCUUUGAACCUUUGGAACGCGGGUGAAAUUACAUAUCAGGCAUCAUUACUUUCAAAUGCGAUGUUUUAUUGUGGGUGGCAUUGUUGUGAAAUGGAGAAAGAAGCCCAUAAAGAUAUAAGACAACUUGUUUUGAUUGGGUGUGCACAGGCACAGAAACCUCUUAUAUUAAAAGCUUUUGGUGUUCAAGAUUUAUCCUAUGCUACGUUUGUAUCAGUGGCAAGGAUGACAUAUUCCAUUUUCGCCGUAUUUUAUCAAAGGAGGGAUUAG